GCUCGCCGUCUCGCGUCAACUAGUGUCAACGUAAAUCUUGCUUAAUUAAUUAAUUUAUUUCAUGUACCUAAUUAAAAUGUAAGAUGUGAGAGAAAUUGUGUGAUAGUGACCGAUGAAUUAAUAUUAUCAAUAAUAAUUUGAGACCCAGGAGUUGGAAUUAUGAUACAACAUACAACUUGAAGAUCGUUCGCAUUCCGACCAUCGCUAGAGACUGGAGUCGAUUAUUAAUUGUAAUAUAUAAUUUGAAGAGCGAAAUUCUUACCAUGUAGUAUUUUCCCUAACGACGAAUAAUUGUUUUCAUUGAGUUUCGAUUUGGAAAAAUGGAUGAGAAACUUUUCGUAGACGAGCGAGAAGAUAUUCAAAAGAAAACUUUUACGAAAUGGAUGAACUCUCAGCUUUUGAAAGGAGGAUAUGCUACCGUGAAUGAUCUAUUUGCGGAAUUGCAAGAUGGAACAAAAUUGCUUUACCUAUUAGAAGUGUUGACCGGCCAACAAAUUAAACCUGAAAAAGGAUGUAUGCGAGUUCAUUACCUAAACAACGUGAAUAAAGCGCUGCAUAUUUUGGAACAGAACAACGUAAAAUUGGUGAAUAUAAGUAGUAAUGAUAUAGUGGAUGGCAGCGCCAAGUUGAUAUUAGGUCUUAUGUGGAGUAUUAUUCUGCAUUGGCAAGUUCAUUGCCACUUGAAAAAUCUUAUGAGCGAAUUUCAACAAACUAAUCUGGAAAAAACGUUAUUAGCGUGGUGUCGCCAGAAUACAGCGAAUUACGCGGUCGUCCAUAUUAGAAAUUUCACAUCGUCGUGGAGUGACGGACUCGCUUUCAACGCUUUAAUUCAUAAAUUUCUUCCGGACUUGUUCGACUUCGACGAUAUUGUCAAAAAACAUCCGAACGCUCGUCUGGAGAAUGCGUUUCAAAUUGCGCGUGAUCAUUUGGGAAUCGAACGGCUUCUCGAUCCAGAAGAUAUAAACACUUCGCACCCUGACAAAAAGUCGAUAAUGACGUACGUAAUGUGUUUAUUUCAAUCGCUGCCCUACUCUGGGUUGGAGGAUUCGAGCUUUGAUUUUUCCGACAGCAGUUCGUUGACUUCUCCCAUGGCCGAACAAUCAGAGCUGAAUUACGAGGCUGCGAUUACCAGUCAGCGUCAAAUGACGUCCAACAGAGAAGAAAGACCAGUCAGUUUGAUGACCAACGUAUCGGUCGAAUUGGGCGCCUACCAAGUUGCUUUAGAAGAAGUGUUGACCUGGUUGCUCGAAGCCGAGGAUAAAUUAGCUCAAAACCACUUCAUUCCCGAUAAUCUUGAAACGUUGAAAGAUCUUUUUCACGUUCACGAAAAAUUUUUAAUGGAAUUAUCCGGCCACCAAGAAGGUGUCGGUGCCGUCUUGGAAGAAGGCGCUCGUUUAUUAUUGGAGGGAACGCUAUCGAGCGAGGAAUCGGACGAGGUUCGUUUACAAAUGAAAUUAUUGAAUUCGCGAUGGGAAACGCUUCGAGUAAAUGCUAUGGAAAAACAAGCUAGGAUUCACGAAUCUUUAAUGAAAGAACAACAGAAACAGUUGGAUAAUUUGAGGAAAUGGCUUACCUUGACCGAAGACCGAAUAUCGAGAUUAUCUGAAAAAUUCGGCCCCGAUAUAAAUGCUCUUCGAUCGCAAGUAGACUCUUUGAAAGAACUACAAAGCGACCUACAAUCGCAGCAGAAAAACGUGGAUUUACUAUCUAAUCUGGUUGUAAUCGUAGACGAAGGAGCCAACGAAAACAGUGUUUACAAUCAAAUGGAAGAUCAAUUGGUAGCAUUGGGAGAACGAUGGGCGCAUAUAUGUCAGUGGGCCGAAGAACGGUGGUCGAAAUUACAUUUACUCAUCACUCAUUGCAAUCGAAUCAACGAGAAUAUGUGUAAAAUUCAAUCGUGGAUCGAAACAAACGAAACCUUGAUCAAACAAAUGGAGUCGGAACCAGUACUCGAAUUUGCAGCCGUUUUCGAUCGCAUGAAACAGUUGAAGUCGAUUAGAAGACAAAUGGACAAACAGCAAGUAGUUCUCAACAGCUUACUGGAAUCGGCGCAGUAUACAUUCGAAGAGAUAGGUAGCGACGAGAAUAGGAAAAAUUUCGAUAACGUGGAAAUGCUGCAAGAUAAAUUCGACGCGUUACUUCAAAUAGUCGAAACUCAAGCCCAUAGGAUUUCUACUUUAGGUUUCGAGUUCAGCUUGAGCGGCGAACACGAAGAAUUUUCCUGCCAUAGUUCGAGUUCGGAUAACGAACGUGCUGUUGCAACCGUUGCUAGUGCUCUCGAAGAUUCCGAUAAGAAUAGUCGGAGCUGCAAACGUAGACGAUUAACCGGCGUGAAACGGGUGUCCUUGGAGUCGUCGAUUAACGAAUUACGUCGCUGGCUCGUCGUUAGUCGAGAUGCGCUCAUGCAACCGAAUCCGAGUGCAGCCGACGAAAUGGCGAAACUGUACGCGCGUCUGCAAGGCGAGAUGAUCUCCAAACUGGACGAGUUGAAAGCCGUUCAAAUGCUGGCUGGCGAGUGCGUUAAGGAAGGAGAAUUCAAUUCAGAUGACGACACUGAUGAUUCGCAAUCACCGUCGCAGUCUCGAAAGAAACAGCUCGCUUCGCUGGAAGAUCAAUUUUCGAGCUUGCAACUGCAAUUGCAAAUGUUCAGGAAUCAACUCGAACCGCAAAGUUACGACGUAAAAGCCGAAUUCGAUUCGUUGAAGAGAAAAUUGGAGGAAUGUGAUAGAUGGUUGGAAUACGGCGCUCAUAAUUUGGAAGAAUUGAAGGAUAACUUGAAAUGUUUGCGAGAAUUGGAGGAAAGAAUUUGUCGACUGAAAGAACGAAGCGAUACGUGCGACGAAUGGUGCCAUAAAGAGAUACACAAUAUAUCGCAUCAUUGGGAAGAUUUGAUUAUCAGGUUUACGUCGUUGGAAGAAUUAUCGAGCAUCGGCGAUGCUGCGAAAACGCAAAAAUUCGUAGAGAACAAGAUUAACCUUAUGAAUUGGAUUCACGACGUCGAAGGCGUUUUACUGAGCGAGCACGCGGUCAUCAACAGCAUUCACAUAAUGGAGAAUCAGUUGAAACGUUUUAAAGAUUUAGAACGCUCUAUCGACGAUCACCAGUCAGAAAUCAAGUUUAUCAACGCGGUAGCGGACGAAAUAUUUCACGAAAACAAAGAAGAUCGAUUACAAAUCGAAGUGAGAGAAUUGAAUACCAGAUGGACCGACAUUCCCGCCUUAUUGCGAGAACGAUGCUCAAAAUUGGAAAACGGUAUCGAAGAGCUCAAACAUCUUCAUAAAGACAUGUCAAAUUUUUCCGAUUGGUUGAACGCGGUGAAAUACGAUCAUUCGAAUACGUACGAUGUGGAUAAUUGCAUUUUGAAUGCGGACGCGUUCAACGAAAAGAUGCAGAAGAGAAAGGAUGUUUUGAAAGAUAUCGCCGAUAAAUGCGAUUUUGUCGAGCGUAUUCGUGGUAAAAUUGCCGAAUUGGAGCGCAAAAAUGCUCAUUCCGUAUUCCUGGAUGAAGUGAAAAACAAAGCCGAAGAAUUAUUCGUCGAUUUCGACGAUUUAUUUUCGCGAUUUUCGCAACAGCAGGAUAAACUGUCGAAAAUAAAUAGUUUAAACGAAAAAAUCAACGAUAACAUGUCCGAAAUUAACGGUUGGCUGGCGGACAUUCAGUUGGCUCAAAACGUUCCGAAAGUAUGCUCGCCCGCUGCUCUGUUUCAAACCAAAGCCAAGUAUAAAGCAUUAAUCGAGCAGAUAGAACGCAAAUGCAAAAUUAUCGCUACGAUCAAAUCGGACGGAAAUUUGCUAUGUGAAAUGCUGAAGCGCAGCCAUUUGUCAGAUAGCGAGAUCGCUUUGACCAAACAGAUAAAAAAUUUCUCCGACAAAUGGAAUAAUAUCGCGGAGAUCGCUCAACGUCACCACACCUUGCUUCAAGACGCGUCCAAGAGUUACGGAGAAUUCAAAGUGUUGAUGGCUCAAGAAAACGAUUGGAUGGAUAGAUUGGAGAAGCAACUUCGCCGUUCUCCUAAAAUGGCUGCCGACGCGGAGGAAAUAUCCGAAGAGCUCGACGAUUUAGAAAACUGCUUGCGCAAACAUUCGGAAUCGAGGCUGAAACAAAUUCAAGAUAUCGGAGAGGCGCUUAUAAACCAGCACAUUAUGUCGGAUAAAUUGCGAGCCGAUUUGGACGACGUUACCGAUAGAUGGAACAAACUUAGUCAGCAGGCGAGCGAUCGCGCAUUAUUGCUAGAGCAGUCUGUGGUCGAAGCGCAACAAACCGAAAACAGUUUCAAAGAUUUUCAAGAAUGGCUCGAAGGUUUAGACGCUCAGUUGACGGCACGCAUAACGAACGAUACCGACGCUAACGACAUACCGGACGACGUACAGCGUAUGGCGGACGAAUUUAAAGCGCAAGCGAGCGUGGUGCGUGAAAUGCACGAACAAAUUGAAAAUUACGAAACAGCGGGUAAAAAAGAAGCGGCCAACAGAUUGAAGGAACAAUUGGCAUUGUUGGAGAAACGAUUCCGCGGAUUGGAAGAAAAAUUCGAACGAUUCAGAUCGACCGAUUCAGAACCAAAGUUGAUGCACGCGUUCAAAGAACUGCGAGAAAUCGAAGAAUCGCUAUGUUUAUUAGAACUGGCGUCCGAUGAUCCGGAAGGAAUCCAAGGCCAGCUCAGGCAUUGCAACAAAUUCUUCGACGCGCUUAGCGAAAUGAAACACGAAAUUGAAACGUUGAUUCAAAACGGUAGAAAAUUAAUCGAAAGCAAUUGCGUCGUCGACGCCGAUAGCUAUUCCGCACGAUUGGACGCUUUGAAGAGCUUAUACAACAAGUUGGGCGUCAAGAUUGUGGAUGCGAAAACAUGUAUCGAAGCGGCUUUGGAGUUAUCGAAAAAUUUGCAAAUCGAUGUGACGGCUUUGUGCAAGUGGAUGGACUCGGUCGAACACGAAUUGGAUGAAAUCGACGCGACUCCGGAUGCUGAUCGAGAUGUAGACAUCGAGGUAGCGUUUAUAACGCAAACCGUCGAUGUGGAAUGCGUGAAAUGGGAAGCGUUGAAAGAUUCGAUUAAAAACAAUUUCAAGGCCUUCUCCAGCCUAUGCGAUCCGAUGUAUUUGGAAAAUUUACGCGAUCGCGUUUACGAAUGCGACGACAGAUGGAACAAUAUCACGCGCAAGUUGCAACGCACCAUGAAACAUUUGCAGGAAUUAAAUUGGUUAAAUGAUACUACACGUAAAUAUCGCGCGUCGCCAAAUACGAGCACGAGCAUAUCGAACAUCGCAGACGUUGAAAAUACGCGUAAGAAGAAGCGUUUCGAUCGCGAGUCGGUAAAUAUGACUCGGCCAGCGCCAGUGCCAGUGCCAGUGCCCGAUGAAACGGGCACGUGUGCCGAGGCCGAACGUAUAUCGGAGGAAAUGUGCGACGAGAAAAAUUCUCUACCGAGCUGGUGCGAUAACGACGAAGAAACCUUCCUUCUUACCAAAGAUAGCUCGUUGUUUUCGCAAAUAUCUAAAAAUCAACUUUCUUACGGCGAUGGCGAUGGCGAUGGCGAUGGCGAUCACGAUCACGCCGAUGCGAAUCCGUGUCAAAAAGUUGAAAUUAAAACGCGCCAAUUUAUUCCUUCUUCUUUCUCGUGCGCGGUAAAAAAGUCGGCUGUUUCUUCUUGUACUUCUCCUUCGUCUUCGUCGUCGUCGUCGUCGUCGUCUGCCGAUGAUUUGGUAAGGUUGCACGAAAGCUGCGUUCCUUGCUAUCCGCAAAGCGCCGAAAUUGUCGAAUUGGUCGAGCAAAGCACGGAUGAAGAAGAAGAAGACGACGACGACGGUUUUGAAGAAACGAAAGAAGAGCGGAGAGCAAAACGAACGGAAAACGCGAAAGAAGACGAUCAAAUUUCGGCGGUUUUCGAUACGAAAAAAGCAGAAGCAGGAGCAGGAGCCGGCGACUGCAAAAAGCUAUUUCGUAGCAUAUUGGUAGAAGUAACCGACCGUGUAAAUCGCACCGAAGAAGCUAUCGUCACGGCCGCUUGUGAUGGCGAUGCCGAAGCCGAUGCCGAUGCCGAUGCCGCUAAUGCAGUGCAAGUCGCGGCGGACAUAUCGUCGCCGUCGCUGCCGCCGCCGCCGCCGCCACCGCAGUCGUCCUUUUCUGUCAAUGAAGUGAAAAUGAGAAAGGAAAUUCAACUCUGUAGAACUUAUCGCCUUGUCGGUAGUUACGAAAAACGCCGUUCUAGUUCCUCGUCUCCGGUCGACGAUUGUCAAAGUUUUUACGGCAGCGACAAAGAAACCGACGACGUAAUUACAUUUUCUGACGAAGAAGAGGAAAAGCCUCGACAACAACAGCCGCAGUCGCAGCCGCAUCCGCAUCCGCACCUACCUGACGGCCCGUCGUCUAACACUGCACCGCGUCCGUGUCCGCGUCGAUUGGCCGGCCAUUUCGAGUCGACCAUGGGAGACAGGGAAUGCUGUCAAGACGUGAUCGAGAUGUGCGGCGACACGGCCGUCGCCUCAGUUUCUGCUGUCACCAGCGCCGAAGAGAACUCGUCGUCACUUUCGGCGCAAGUCCGCUCGGACGACGGUCAGCCGGCGAACGACAGGAACGUACUCGUGAGAAACUUUGUUACCGAAGUGAACAAGAACAGAGAAGCCGUAUCGCUUCUCGGCAGACAGCUCAAUUCGUUCGUCGCCGAAACGAAACCAGAUUCCGAUACGCAUUCGCAUUCGCAUUCGUCGUACGAACAACAGAUUCGGUUUUUUGACAACAGCGUCGGAAUUUUGAACGAAUCGAUGAAAAAUAUCGAAACCGCGUACCAAACGUUGGACGAAUCUAUCAAAUGCGAACAACGAGAACAAUUUGCGCGUGUAAUGAGCAAGUUGAACGACGAAUGGAGUCAAUUGCUCGAUUAUUACAGGAAGAACGUUCAAGUUUGUAGAAUCGCAGCCGAAGACAAGGUCAUAUUGGAGGUGGCUGAGUUGUGUAUGCGAGAAGCUCGCGCCGCUUUAAGCGCACCCGUCAAUUGUUCGGACCAAGAUUUGUUAAAUUCGUCGUUAGCCGCCGUCAAGGAGUUGGAGAGCAAAUUAACCCUGCACCGACAAGAAAUUGAAAAGUUACAAUCUGCGCCAUCUCACGAAAAGCACAGUCUCGUAUUAACCGUAGAUGAGACGAGAAGAGAACUGAUCAGCCAUCACGAAUUGCUCGCUCGCAAAAUACUGUCGCUGAAAAAAUUCCUUUCGCAGUUGGACACUCUGUCGAAAUGGUUGCGCGAAUGUAAGUUGGAAAUUUGCGACUACAAGCAGCGCUCUUUAACUCGUAAGAAAAACAUUCGUCUGGUUUUGACCAACAUUUCGGACAGAGAAGCAGAAAUUACGCAAAUACUCCGAGAUUUCCUUGUUAUUCGAAAAGAAUGCCAAACAAAUCAGCAAAUCGUUUGCCAAUGUUUGCAGCAAAAAAUGGAACAGUUGGAGAAUGAUUGGCGAGUGGUUACAAAUUUCAAAAACGAACCGGAAUCCGAAUUGGCGAACAGCGACUACACAUCGACGGCUUUGCAAAACCUAGAAGAGAAGUUGGCGUUGGCUGACGCGACUGCUACAGCAGCUGCGACGCGAGAAGAACAUGAUUUCGAGUCGUUUGUGCGAUCGACUGCGAAUAGAACGCCGUCGCCGCCGCCACCGCCGUCGACAACGCCGCUGAAACAUGUGCGAUCGGUUCAAGUACAGACUCCUUUGCCGUCGCCAUCGCCAUCGUCGUGUGGUCUUCCCUUGGCUUCUUCGUCCCCUAGAGUUACAUUGCUAGCUAGCUUCGACAAAUCUAUUUUACAAAUUUGCGAUUGGCUUACUUACGAAGAAGAAAUGUUGAGGCAGCAAACCGUGGUCGUAGGCGACGUCGACGAUAUAUUACAAGUUCUCGACAAACAAAAGACUGUUUUGCGAGAAUUGGAACAAAAAAAGCCGCAACUCGACGAAUUGGUGCACACGGCAGAAAAUCUAAAAGCUGACUCUAAUCGUCAACAAUUGCAUGGAAAAGUGACCAAGCUUAGAGAGCAUUGGGAUGAAACAAACAGUAAAGUCACUCAAAGAAAAACGCAAUUGGAUACCAUGCUGGCCGAUAGUCAACAGUACGAAGCUAAAAGGAUCGAGGUGGACAAUUGGCUACAAAGGAUGGAAAUGCGAUUCGAAAGAAUGGCCGCUGUCGGCCAUACCGCCGAUGUUCUGGAAGCCCAGUUGAGAGAACAAAAGGCGAUUCACGCAGAACUGCACCAGUACAAACAUCACGUCGACCUGUUCAAUCAAUUGACGCAGAAAAUGAUUUCGUUCUAUCAACAAGACGACACGAGCAGAGUUAAGAAGAAAACCGAGCAAACAAAUACGCGUUACAAUCAACUGAACGCCAACAUCGUCAAUCGUGGAAAAUUGAUCCAUUCCGCCAUGAGUUCGUUACAUAACUUUGACAAGUCGUUGGACAAAUUUUUGGCCUGGCUUUCGGAGGCCGAGUCAUCUUUGGAGACUGUCGAUUCGGAUAUCGUGGUUGCGACUGGCGGCAACGGCAGCGGCAACGGCAGCGGCAGCGCCAAAAAAGACCACGCCGCCAUCAAACCGAAUAACCAACUAAAGGAUAUUCAAUUGGAGAUCGAAAAUCACCGCGAUGUGCUCAACUCGCUCAACAGCAGCGGUAAGAAACUACUCAACAGCCUGGCUAGUCAGGAAGACGCAGUCAUGCUGCAACGACGUCUCGAUGAAAUGAACCAACGUUGGCAUCAUCUGAAAACUAAAAGCUUGGCUAUCAGGAAUCGUUUGGAAAGUAACGUUGAGCAUUGGAAUGCUUUACUGCUGUCGUUACAAGAGCUCAUCGAAUGGGUGAUCCGUAAAGAUACCGAGCUGACUGGUCUCGGACCGAUGGGCGGUGAUACCAUAUCUUUGCAAAAACAACUGGAUGAUUACAGAGCCUUCCGAAGACAAUUAGAUGACAAACGUGUAGUGAUUGAAAGUAAUUUAUUGAGCGGUCGCCAGUACAUCUCGAACGAAUCCGCAUUGCUGAGCGGCGGUGUCAACGGCCAACUUGACAGUAACGAUGCGUAUUGCAACAACAACAACAACACCAACAUCGCCACUAACAAUGGCACGAAUAAUAAUAAUAAUAAUAAUAAUAAUAAUGGUAAUAUUAACAACGAGGAUCAAGCUCGCAGUGAUCUGUCUAGAUGCAUACGUAGAGAGGUGAAUAAAUUGUCAGACAGAUGGAAAAGCUUGUUGGAUAGAUCGGACCUAUGGCAAAAGAAAUUAGAUGAAACCUUUACGAAAAUGCGAUCAUUUCAAAAGAACAUCGAUGAAGUUUCUGACAAGUUGAACUCGGCCGAAUGCGUUUCCAAGAAUUGGUUACCACCGAAUGACGUGAGCAGUGUGCCAGAUUUGUUGGACGAAUUACGAGUAAGCAUCACUUACUCGCACUUUACUACUUGUAUGUUUUGGUUUGGUUUGGUUUGGUUUGGUUACUUAUCUACUGGUUUACGCCUGUUUACGGCGCCGUUUACGACUUGGGUUAACUUCGGAUCGAGAUUUGGUGAAAGUCUUAGUCCGUUGCAGAGAUCCUUGGAAGAUGUGAACGAUCAAGCCACUUUACUAUCUUCUUCAGACGUGUACAUAUCGCCGAGUAAUUUGCGUAAAGUAGAAGAUUUAAAUAGCAGAUGGAAAUAUCUGCAAACUGCCAUGGAUAAUCGGUACAAGCAGCUACGCGAAAUAGCGAAAUGCGGAAUAGGCGGCGGCGGCGGCGGCGGCGGCACAUACACGAGUGGCGCACCAACUGGCACAGCCUGCGCUCAAACUUUACUCGCCAAAUCAGUCGAUCCGCCUUGGGAAAGGUCGACGACCGCCAACAAAGUACCUUACUACAUAAACCACGAUUGCGAAACCACUCAUUGGGAUCAUCCUAAAAUGACCGAAUUGCUAGAUUCGUUGUCCGAUUUGAAUCAAGUGCAUUUUUCAGCAUAUAGAACCGCUCUAAAAUUGAGGACGGUUCAAAAGAAAUUGAACUUGCAUUUAUUAUCGUUGAAUCGAGCCAUCGAAGCGUUUGAUAGUCACGGAUUAAGAGCUCAGAACGAUAAAUUACUCGAUGUCCAAGAUAUGGUUACCGUUCUCACGUCACUGUAUGAAAUUCUAGCCAAAGAGCAUCCGACAAUUGUCAAUUUACCGCUCAAUAUCGAUCUCAUUGUCAAUUGGAUUCUCAAUAUUUACGAUAGUCAAAGAACCGGCCAAGUUAGAGUUUUGUCGUUCAAGGUUGGCAUCAUAUUGUUAUGCAGAGGACACUUGGAAGAGAAAUACAGAUAUUUGUACCGUUUGAUUGCGGAUCCAAAUCGCUUGGUGGAUCAACGAAAGCUGGGAUUGCUGCUGCACGACUGUAUUCAACUGCCGCGACAGCUGGGCGAAGUUGCCGCUUUCGGCGGUUCCAACAUCGAACCAUCAGUCAGGAGUUGCUUUUUGAAGGCCGGCAAAGACAGAGCUACCAUCGAAGCCGUUCACUUUUUAAGCUGGCUACAACAAGAACCUCAGAGUAUGGUUUGGUUACCAGUUCUUCACAGAUUGGCGGCUGCCGAAAACGCUAGACAUCAGGCUAAAUGCAACAUUUGCAAAGAAUAUCCCAUCACCGGUUUCAGGUAUCGAUGUUUGAAAUGUUUCAAUUUUGACAUGUGUCAAAACUGUUUCUUCUCCGGUCGCAAAGGCAAAACUCAUAAACUAUCGCAUCCGAUGCAGGAGUAUUGUACGGCGACUACUUCGGGCGAAGAUGUGCGUGAUUUUACUCGAGCUUUAAGAAACAAAUUCAAAUCAAAACGCUACUUCAAGAAGCACCCGCGUGUUGGUUACCUUCCCGUACAGACGGUUCUGGAGGGCGACACUUUGGAAAGUCCGGCACCUUCGCCGCAACACUCGCACACUUUGGGCCCGUACGAUAUGCAUUCUCGUCUGGAAAUGUACGCCAAUCGUCUAGCCGAAGCGGAAUUACGUAACCGAAGCAAUUCGACGCCAGACUCCAGCGAGGACGAGCAUCGAUUAAUCGCGCAGUAUUGCCAGUCGCUGAACGGAGAUAGUAUACCUGUGCCUAAAAGUCCGGUACAGAUAAUCGCCGCCAUAGAUGCCGACCAACGCCAAGAAUUGGAGGCGAUGAUAAAGGAUCUGGAAGAUGAAAACAACGCCUUGCAAGCCGAGUACGAACGUUUGAGAGGCAGCAAAAGUAAUUGCAGUGGCAGCGCUACGUUGCCAGCCAACGUAGCCGAAGCUGAAAUGGUUGCCGAAGCAAAAUUACUGCGUCAGCACAAAGGUCGCUUGGAAGCUAGAAUGCAAAUACUCGAAGAUCAUAAUCGACAGUUGGAGGCGCAGCUGCAGCGUCUCAGACAACUUUUGGAUGAACCGACAUUGCAAACACGAUCGGUGACUGCUUCCCAGUUAGCCACAGAUUCGCCAGCCAAAAUGAACGGACAUUUUGUCGAUACUCCGGCUGGUCGGUGGGUGGAGAGUGGUCUUGGCAGUUUGGACCGUCCGCCACCGCCACCGCCUCUGGUUAGCAGUUUGGUGGCCACCGGUCAUGGUCCCGGUGGUGUUGGCAGUUUACAUUUGAUGGCAGGUGAUAAUAUAGAUGAUGAUGGCGGCAGUGGUUGCAUGCGAAAUGGAAUUAUUUGAAGAAGAUUUGGGAAAAGUGGUCAGUGAACUAGUAACAGCCAUGACGGACGAAAAUGCUGAAAACCACCAGCUCCAGCUCCAGCGCCAUAAUAACGUAUAGGCUCGAUUUGGAUUUUAGACUUGGAUUUGAACUCGGCAUUGGCAUCAAGCUUUUCACAGCGCCGCGCACCAUCACCACCACUUACGUUACCUUACCUAGCUGAGUAGCUACGUACUCGUAUAGUACGAGUAUUAUAUGUAUUACUACUAGUACUCCUCUAUUUGCUGGUUACGUUCGCGCAGGGUUAUUCCAUUCCAAAAAACUAAAAAGUAUAGUAUAAUGUAAUGUAAUGUAAUGUAGGUGUAGGUAGGUAAACGUCAGUAAACUACAAAUACAUAUAAAGAAUUCGCGCCGGGUUCUCAAUUUUGAUCGGUCAUCUCCUCAGACGUUUGUGUUCUUGUACAAUCAUUUGUUUUUGUUUUAUGUUUUUUUACCUGCUCACUUUCUGUAUUAUGCGUAUCUAUUCAUUUGUCCUAUGAUCCUAUUUUUGAGUACUUGUUGCAGACAAUAAAAAAUUACAAUUUUCAUUACUUGUAAACGAUGAUAACUACCUAGCACCUAGGUACUCGUAAUGCCUACUGUAGGUACAUAUUUAUGUACAGAAGGGUGCACAGUGCACACUACGCAGAAAUAUCAAACAUUUCCAACCAAGUUUUUUUUUCUUUUGUGAAAAACACACUGUAGGUUUUGGUGGAAUACGAGUAUGUAAUGUAAUCAGAAUCAUGCCCACGCCGAUAUGGUUAUUCACAGCGACCAGCCGAAAUACGUAUUCGAGGCAAAACUUUUUUCUGUGUACCUACUACUCGUACUUAUACUUACCUACUAGGUACUAAUAUUUUUGUGUGCACGCCGUGAGCGCUACAUACCUACUCGUGCCUACACAGCUGGUCGGCCGUGUAUUAACCCUACAUUAUUUUGAGGAGCUCAUUGCAGAAAUAGCCCUUGUCAUUUUGAAAAAAAAUUGGGGAGGUGCUUUUCUCCACUGCAUUGUGUAUGGAUGCAUCAGUAUUAUAGUCCUCCAAAAGUUUUUCUCGCAAUAACAGAACAGCAAAUACUCGAGUUGAUAAAACAAAAAAAUCACUUUGAACACAGUACUUAUACCAAUUCAUCAGGACUUUACAGAUUUUUUUUUGUCUCGCUUGUUUUUUAUUUUCAUUUUUGACAAGGGCGAUUUCUACAACGAGCUCCUCAUUUCUCUUGGCAUUCAGGACCGCCUGUUAUACAUACGUACUCGUAGCCGUAGAUAGAGAUACACAUUAUUAUGUAGAUGUAAAUUUUUUAAAAACUCUUUGUCCGCAACUGAACUGCGAUUAUUUCGACGUUGCGUCCUGCGUGAUAUUACUGUUUAUUAAUAUUGUACUUUACUUACCUAUUUAAUUGUAGAUAUUUUUUCUGUCGCCGCGCUGUGUACUCGUUCGUAGAUAGGUAGAUCUAGAUACGUACUCGUAUAUAAGUACAUAUGUACAUACAUAUAACAUACCGCAUACGCACUACUUUCACAACCAUAGUAGGUCUACUGCGGGUGCGUACCCUUCUAAGAUACGAGUAAAACGAUUCCAUAUCAUGAUGAUACGCUACGCGUACGUCUUCAUACCUUUACACAUAUCGAGACUAGGUAUCAUUUUCCGAUACAAGUAAGUAGGUCAGGUAAUAAUCGUUUACCAUAUACGCGUACGUACGUGUACGUACGUGUAGGCGUCAUUUUCAUCAUCCAAUUGUCCAUAUCCACUGCAGCAAUUCCCACCACCCCAUAGUCGUACGUAAUUCGGAUUCAAAAAUUGUUUGGCCGUUUUGGCGCCGCAAUUUGAAUAUCAUUCAUAGUAUGUAAAGGCCUGCGCGGUCUUUUUCAAACAUUAUGUAGUCGCCUUUUUUCCAUAAAAAACAAAUUCGAUAUAUUUUUUUUUACCUACCGUAUAUAGGUAAUAUACUCGCUACUAUGCCUACAGAUUGCUUUGUGCAGCUAUCGUGUAGGCUUGUAUGUACGUGAUAUACACAUCUAAUCAAAUUACAGUGCAUACGUCCUGCACCGAUUACUUUUAGUAUUUCAUCAGAAGGCGUCUGUAUGUAAUCAAUUUUUAAUAUUUUAAUCCUAGUGGAAUAUUUGUACCUAUUUUCGUUAACUAGAGCGGACAGAAAAAAUCAAAUCUUCCAAUUUUCCGAGUACCUGCUUACCAAUUUAGGUAUCUAAUUUGGUAAUUUUUUUUAAUUUUUAAUUUCACUUCCAAGUCGCGAAUUAACUCUACGAAGUAGACCUAGUUACGUAUAAGUUGUAACCUGAAUAAACGUAUGUACGUUUCGUAUCUAGUAUUAACGAAUAUUUUGUUCGUACAAGCUAUCUCAUAAGUUAUACAAUAUAUGUUACAAAUUGUUUACGAA